AUGUAUUGUAUCGCUGAGAACUACUGGGCUUGUGCCCCGACGUUUGAGUUGAACCCAGUGAAGAAGUAUCUUCUAGGAGCUAACAACGGCCGUGUGGUCAUAGAGUGUAAGCCCAGAGCUGCCCCCAGACCCAGGUUCACCUGGACCAAGGGAAAGGAAGUGCUCUUCAACAACUCACGUAUCUCCAUCAUGUUUGAUGGGAGUCUGGAGAUCCUGAAUGCCACCAGGAAUGAUGAGGGGGUAUACACCUGCUUAGCUCAGAAUGACAGAGGGAAGGCCAACAGCACAGGGACUCUGACCAUCACAGAGGCGACACAGAUCACAGUAGCCCCAGAGGACACUCAGGUGAUGGUAGGAGAGGAGGUGCAUCUGCAGUGCCAGGCCUCCUUUGACCCCAGUCUGGACAUCACCUUCAUCUGGUCUCUGGAUUUCAGGGUCAUCGACUUCUACCUAGAGUGGAAGCACUAUGAACGCAUCAUGGAUCGUGAGGACAGUGGAGAGCUGAAGAUAAUGAAUGUCCAGUUGAGACACGAGGGACGCUACACCUGUACAGCCCAGACUGUCGUGGACAACGUCACCGCGUCAGCAGACCUCAAGGUCAAAGGCCUUCCUGCUCCUCCCGGUGGGGUGAGGGUUGAGGAGAUCAGGGACACCUCGGUGAAGCUGGUGUGGAACCGAGGGGCCGACCAUGGCAGCCUCAUCCUUGGGUACACCAUCCAGACCAGAGACGUCUACGCACUAACUGAAGUGGACUGGAGGGACGCAUCCACCUCCCCUACGGCCCUGGAUGGCAUGUCAGUGAUGGCUGAUGUUGUGGACCUGUACCCCUGGAUGGAGUAUGAGUUCAGGGUCUAUGCUACUAAUGAAUUUGGAGACGGAGAGGCCAGCAUCCCUUCAAUGAAGAUCAAAACCUGGGAUGCAGGUAGGGACCAGCCUGGGGCACUAACAUGUUGUUGUUGCAGGUAGGGACCAGCCUGGGGC